CGUACUCGACCACUCUGGCUGCGAGGAAUAUGGCAGCGUCCUGAGCGCUGUUGGUGGGGAAUACAGCGUCAAGCGAGCACCUUCGGCACCCAAGCGGCUCAAUCGACAGGCGGCGGCAACACGCAGAGGAGGGCGGGGGGCCGAGGGACGGCUGGAAUUCACACCCGCUCGUCAUUUGACAGGUCCUGUGAAAAGAUGAACGUCCUGAAAGACAACACGGACCUGGCCUGCUACUACACCACCAAGCACUCCUGGAGGGGAAAAUACAAGCGCGUCUUCUCCGUAGGAACACACGGCAUCACCACCUAUAACCCCACCACACUCGAAGUAACAAAUCAGUGGCCUUAUGGAGACAUUUGUGGAAUCGGCCCGGUGGGAAAAGGCCAGGGAACAGAGUUCAGCCUCACAUUCCGAAAGGGCACUGGCAAGAAGUCGGAGACUCUCAAGUUCUCCACUGAGCACCGGACAGAGCUGCUCACAGAGGCGUUGAGAUUCCGAACAGAGUUUUCAGAAGGGAAAAUCACUGGAAGGCGAUACAACUGCUACAAGCACCACUGGAGCGACACGCGGAAGGCCGUGAGCUUGGAGGUGACGCCAGGCGGCAUCGACCAGAUCGACCCGCACACCAACAGGGUGAUAUGCUCUUACGACUACCGCAAUGUGGAGGGCUUCGUGGAGACCUCCGACUACCAGGGCGGGUUCUGCAUCCUUUAUGGCGGUUUCAGCCGGCUGCAUCUAUUCGCCUCCGAGCACCGGGACGACAUCAUCCGCAGCGCCAUCGAGCACGCGGGAAACUUUAUCGGCAUCAUGCUGCGACUCAGGAAGGAGUCCAUCACCUUCGAGAAUUUCGUGACCGACCGACUGGGGAAGUACAGCUCGGACGAGAGCAUCACCUCGCUGGCCGAGUUCGUGGUGCAGAAGAUCACCUCGCGCCACCCGGAGCCAGUGAAGCGCAUUUUGGCGCUGACCGAGACGUGUUUGGUCGAGAGGGACCCGGCUUCUUACAACAUUGUCACCAUUAAACCUUUCGGGGAGGUGUUUGCUCUCAUCUGCGAUGUUGACAACCCUCAGGUUUUUACAGUCGAAUUCAUCCGAGGCCAGAUCAGAAAAUUCUCAUCCACAGAACGAGACUCUCUGCUGGCCAGCCUGCUGGACGGCGUGCGCGCGUCUGGCAACAGGGAUGUGUGCGUCAAGAUGGCCCCGACGCGCCGCGGCCAGCGUUGGGGCCUUUUGAGCAUGCCCGUAGACGAGGAGGUGGAGAGUCUUCACCUCAAGUUCCUGGCGGCGCCGCCCAAUGGAAACUUUGCCGACGCAGUAUUCCGAUUCAACGCCAACAUAUCAUACAGCGGCGUGUUGCACGCAGUAACGCAAGACGGUCUGUUUUCGGAGAACAAAGAAAAGCUCAUCAACAACGCCGUCCUGGCUCUGCUGUCCCAGGAGACCGAGCUUCCAGCGCUCAACUCCGAGCUGGAGAGUCACUUCCAGGCCAUCCGUCGCCUAGUGGCCUCCAAGGCAGGCUUCCAGGCCUUUACUCAGCUGCCAAAGUCUGGUCAAGCGUCUGGACUCACAGACGGAACGUUCAGGGAAAAAUUGGGAGUAAAGACUGUCAAAGCUUUAAAGAGAAACAACAACGGUGUGACGCACGCUGCUAUUGACAUGCUCUGCGCCCUCAUGUGUCCCAUGCAUGAUGACUACGACCUGAGGCAAGAGCAGCUCAAUAAGGCGUCUCUGCUUUCGUCCAAAAAGUUCCUGGAGAACCUGCUUGAAAAGUUUAUCACUAAUGUGGACCACGGGACGGGGGCUCUGGUCAUUAGCUCCUUGCUGGAUUUUUUAACCUUCGCCUUGUGCGCCCCCUACAGCGAGACCACCGAGGGCCAGCAGUUUGAUAUGUUGCUGGAGAUGGUGGCCUCCAACGGACGCACGCUCUUCAAACUGUUCCAGCAUCCGUCUAUGGCAAUCGUGAAGGGAGCCGGUCUAGUGAUGAAGGCCAUUAUUGAGGAAGGAGACAAGGAAAUAGCUACAAAGAUGCAAGACCUGGCUUUGAGCGAGGGCGCCCUCCCUCGCCAUCUCCACACCUCGUUGUUCACCAUCAGCGUGGACCAAAGGAUGCUUACCAACAGACAGCUGAGCCGUCACUUGGUUGGACUGUGGACCGCAGAGAACCCAGUUGCCAUGAACCUUCUCAAGAGAAUUUUGCCAACGGGCUUGCUAGCUUACAUGGACAGUCCCGAUCCUGUACCGGAGAAAGAUGUGGAUCGAAUGCACGUGCGCGAUAACUUGAAAAUUGCCACGGACCUUCUAAACCGCAACAAGGUACCCGAAUGGCAGAGGAUUGCCGGCAAAGCGGCCAAAGAAGUGGAGAAGUUUGCCAAGGAGAAGGCAGAUCUGGUUCUUAUGCACUGGAGGGACAAGAUGGGCAUCGCUCAGAAGGAGCAGGACAGAAAUAACCUGAAUCCCAACCAAAAACCGGUUAUCUUACGAAAGAGACGACAGCGGAUCAAAAUCGAAGCCAACUGGGAGCUUUUCUACUACAGAUUCCAGCUUGACCACGCGCGCUCCAACCUCAUCUGGAACCUGAAAACCAGGGAGGAGCUGCGGGAUGCGCUAGAAGGGGAAAUGCGCGCCUUCAACGUGGACCGCGAGCUGGGCAACGCUACAGUCAUCUCCUGGAACCACCAGGAGUUCGAGGUAAAAUACGAGUGCCUUUCCGACGAGAUCAAAAUAGGUGACUAUUACUUGCGCCUCUUGCUGGAAGAGGAUGAAAAUGAGGAAUCGAGUGCCAUCAAAAGAUCGUACGAGUUCUUCAACGAGCUCUACCACCGCUUUCUGCUCACACCCAAAGUCACGAUGAAGUGCCUGUGCCUGCAGGCGCUAACUAUAGUGUACAGCAAAUGUUUUGAAGAGAUCGGUCCCUUUACCGACACCAAAUACAUUGUGGGCAUGUUGGACCGCUGUACAGACAAGUUGGAAAGAGACCGACUCAUCCUAUUUUUGAAUAAGCUGAUUCUCAACAGGAAAAAUGUAAAGGACAUCAUGGAUUCCAACGGGGUGCGAAUAAUGGUGGAUCUUCUCACCUUGGCCCAUCUACAUACCAGCAGAGCCACGGUGCCACUGCAGAGCAAUGUGUUGGAAGCAGCGCCAGACAUGAAGCGAGAGAGUGAGAAGGAAUGGUACUUUGGGAAUGCAGACAAGGAAAGAAGAGGACCUUUCAGUUUUGAAGAGAUGCAGGAGUUCUGGACAACGGGUGUCCUCACGGCCAAGACGCGUUGCUGGGCCCAGGGCAUGGACGGAUGGCGCCCCCUGCAGGCCAUCCCCCAACUCAAGUGGUGCCUGCUGGCCACGGGGCAAGCGGUGAUGAACGAGUCGGACCUGGCGACACUCAUUCUCAACAUGCUUAUCACCAUGUGCUCCUAUUACCCUAGCAGGGAUGCGGAUAACGCCAUUAUCCGCCCUUUACCAAAGAUCAAAAGGAUGAUAUCUGACAAUGCGUGCCUGCCUCAUAUUGUUCAGCUUCUCUUGACGUUUGACCCAAUCCUGGUGGAAAAAGUGGCCAAUAUACUGUACCUGGUGAUGCAGGACAACCCCAACUUGCAGCGGCUUUACUUGACCGGAGUCUUCUUCUUCAUUAUGAUGUACACUGGCUCCAACGUACUUCCUGUCGCAAGGUUCCUGAAGUACACUCACUUGAAACAAGCUUUUAAAUCAGAAGAGGCCAAAGGUCAGGACAUUGUUCAGCGUAGCGUUCUAGGCCCGGCUCUUCCAGAAGCCAUGGUGUGCUACCUGGAAAACUACGAGGCCGAACGCUUCUCUGAGAUCUUCCUCGGAGAAUUUGACACGCCUGAGGCCAUCUGGAGCUGCGAAAUGAGGCGCAUGAUGAUCGAGAAAAUCGCCGCUCACAUUGCCGACUUCAGCCCGAGGCUGCAGAGCAACACGCGUGCCCUCUAUCAGUACUGCCCCAUCCCUGUUAUCAGCUUCCCCCAGCUGGACAACGAGCUCUUCUGCAACAUCUACUACCUCAGACACCUGUGCGACACCGUACACUUCCCGAACUGGCCUAUUCGAGAUCCUGUGAAGCUGCUUAGAGAUACUCUUGAAGCGUGGAAGAGGGAAGUGGAGAAGAAGCCUCCCUCCAUGUCGAUAGAUGAUGCUUACGAAGUCCUUAACCUCCCUAAAGGACAAGGGAUGCACGAGGAAAGCAAGAUCAGGAAAGCUUACUUCAGGCUGGCGCAGAAGUACCAUCCAGACAAGAACCCUGAUGGCAGGGACAUGUUUGAGAAAGUCAACAAGGCCUAUGAAUUCCUCUGCACAAAGUCUGCACGAGUCAUUGACGGGCCCGACCCGGAAAACAUCAUCCUGAUCCUGAAGACCCAGAGCAUCCUCUUCAACCGCCACAAAGAAGAACUGGAGCCCUACAAGUAUGCCGGCUACCCCAUGCUCAUCAAAACCAUCACCAUCGAGACCCAAGACGACCACCUCUUUUCCAAGACUUCCCCUCUCCUGCCGGCUGCCGCAGAACUCGCUUUCCACACGGUCAACUGCUCGGCGCUCAACGCGGAGGAGCUUCGACGCGAGAACGGCAUCGAGGUGUUGCUGGAAGCUCUUUCCCGCUGCGUCUCUGUGUUGACUGCAUCCAGCAAGGCUGAUGACAUGGCAGUUCAGGUGUGCGGGCACAUCUGCAAGUGCUACAGCGUGGCAGCACAGUUUGAGGAAUGCCGGGAAAAGAUGAUCGAGCUACCCUACAUCAUCAGAGAUCUUUGUCAUAUCUUGUACUAUGGAAAGGGUCUUCCCAAAACAGCAGCCCUUGCGGUGCAGUGCGUCAGCUCCUUCGCGGUGGACUUUUUCCUCCAAACCCAACUGUACCACGCCGGCGUACUCUGGCACCUUCUGGUGCAGCUCUUCAACUACGAUUACACACUGGAGGAGAGCGGUGUUCAGACCAGCCAGGACACCAACCAGCAGGAGGUGGCUAACCACCUGGCCAAACUCAGCCUGGUCUCCCUCAGCCGUUUAGGGGGGUACCUACAAAUGGCGCCCAGUUCCAACGGAGGAAACCACGCGGCGCAGACCAACGGCGUGGACGGGGUGCCCCCCGAAAACCCCACCAUCCGGAAAAGCCUCUCUGCCAUGUUGACGCCAUACAUCUCCAGGAAGCUAGGAGUGGGAUCCUCUGCGGAGGUCUUGAAACUGUUGAAUAGCAACUCGGAGAACCCCUACCUCAUUUGGAAUAAUGGAACACGAGCCGAGCUGAUGGAGUUUUUGGAGUGUCAGCAAGAAGGAAACAUCAAAAGACGCAAAGAGAGAGAGAUGAGGAUAAAGAGAAAGAUAAAGACAGGGAGCCAGAUGAAACAGGGGGAAAAUGACGAGAGCUUCGGUGCUGAUUUCAUCUUCACCGAGCACAACAAAGAGCUUAUCGUCGGCGAGAUCUUUGUACGGGUUUACAACGAACAACCUACUUUCCCCUUGGAGUAUCCCAAAGCAUUUGCAGCAAGCCUUUUGGAUUACGUGGGCUCCCAAGCCCAGUACCUUCACACGUUGCUGGCCAUGAGCCAAAGCAACAAGGUGGAAUCCCAGCAGCAUGCCGAGCGCCUCCGCUUCGCCGAGAUGGCUCUUGAGGCUUUACGCAACGUCAUCAAGAACAACCCCGGUUCUGAGACUGAAUGCAUUGGCCAUUUCAAGCUGCUUUUCUCACUGCUGCGGGUUCAUGGUGCCGGCAGGGUGCAGCAGCUGGUACUUGAGGUUGUCAACACAGUGACUUCUAAUCAAGAAUGUGUGAGCAACAUCGCCGAGUCGCUGGUGCUGUCCAACCUUCUACUUCUGUUGCACUCCCUCCCAUCAAGCAGACAAAUUGUGUUAGAAACCCUCCAUGCCUUGACAUCCAAUACCAAAAUAGUUAAAGAGGCCAUGAGCAAAGGGGCGCUCAUCUAUUUGCUAGAUCUCUUCUGUAACUGCACUCACCCUCAAGUUCGCACGCAGACGGCCGAGCUCUUCUCCAAAAUGACCUCGGACAAGCUGGUCGGGCCCAAGGUUCGUCUGACUCUUAUCCGGUUCCUGCCGGGCGUGUUCAUGGACGCCAUGCGGGACAACGCCGAGGCGGCGGUGCACAUAUUUGAGGGAACGCACGAGAACCCCGAGCUUAUCUGGAAUGACAGCUCCCGGGAAACGGUGUCCACCACCGUCAGGGAGAUGAUGCUCGAGCACUUUAAACUGCAGAAGGAUAAUCCUGAAGUCAACUGGAAGCUGCCGGAGACCUUCACUGUCGCCUACGGUGCGGGUCAGGGUGAACUGGAAGUAGGCGGAGUCUUUCUGCGGAUCUUUAUCGCACAGCCGGGAUGGGUGCUGCGGAAGCCUCGCGAAUUCCUAGUGUCAUUACUCGAGACACUGACGGAGCUGCUGGAGAAGAACAACCCCAAUGGGGAGGCGCUGGAGACGGUCACCACGGCGGCCGUGUGUCUGUUCAGCUCGCAGACGCAGCUUGCCGAUCAGGUUCCACCUUUGGGUCACUUGCCCCGAAUCUUAGCCGCGCUCAAUCACAAGAACAAUGCCAUUCCCAAGAGCUCUAUCCGCCUCAUCCACGUGCUGUCGGAUAAUGAGCUCUGCGUACGAUCCAUGUCCGCCCUAGACGCCAUCGGCCCCCUUAUGACCGGAAUGAAGGUCCGCACAGACAUGGCCGGAUUGGCUUGUGAGGCGCUGAACCGAAUGUUUCAGAAAGAACAGACGGAACUGGUUGCUCAGGCUCUCAGAGUGGACCUGGUUCCGUACCUCUUGAAACUCUUGGAAGGAAUCGGCCUGGAGACCGUGGACAACCCCUCGGCAACCAAGGCGCAGAUCGUAAAAGCUCUCAAGUCCAUGACACGUAGUCUGCAGUACGGAGAACAGGUGAAUGAGAUCCUGGCAAAGUCCUCCGUCUGGAGUGCCUUCAAGGACCAGAAACAUGAUCUCUUCAUUUCCGAGUCUCAGACAGCAGGUUACCUGACAGGGCCAGGAGUAGCUGGUUACCUCACGGCAGCAGGAAGCAGCACCACCGUACUGCCCAGCGGCCCACCCCCGGUGGACAGCGACCACGGAGAUCAAGGCUGACGGGGGGGAAACGCGCACUCGCAACCGCCACCAGUCAGGCUAAGGCACCCAGACCCGCCCCUGCACGAGGGGGCGCAGAUGGGGAGGAGAAUGUCGGAGACUCUUCCCCGCAUCGCCACCGCCAUCUCCGACCAGCACCUCGUAAAUUGUUUGAAAUUGUCUUAACAGUCGGGCCGUGUUUUGUUUCCACGAUACGCAUUUCUUCCAAUGACAAAUAGUUUACUUUUUGUAUGAAUAUAUUUUUUACUCAAGAUUUUCUUUUUUUUUCCCCUUGGGAAAAACAUUGGAAGACUGAUCGUUAUUAUGAAUUAAUUGUGUCUCCUCUCUGUUAUGUCCUGCUCCAAAGUCUCAGACCUUAUCAUGGAAAAUCGCAAAUGAGAUCUUUCCUCUUUCAACUCAAGGAUAUUUAGAUACUGCCUUUUUGGCCUAAAUUCCUACUUCAUUCCAUGGCUGCCCCCUCAAUUUUAUAAAAUAAAUCCCCCUUUCCCAGAAUGAAAAACAAGCACUAGAAUAUUUAUAAGUGAAUAUGAAUUCAAUCUGAAAUGAGCUUCUAUGUCGACAGGACGAAUGAUGUUGAGUCUGUGUGAAAGACUAGUGCUGUUUGUGACAUGUUCUAUGUAAUAUUACGUAUAUAAACUUUCUAUAUUGAAUGUACAUUCAAACAAUGAAUCAGUCGCACUUGUACAUAAAAUUUUAAGAAUAAAAGGGAAC